AGUAAACAUUGUCGGAAAUUUUUUUCUGCAAGCCGGUCAUUCGAAACUAAAGGACACAGCACUAUCACUUCACUUCUGCUUUGACCUUCGACAUGGCGGGUUGUGGUCGCAUGCUGACUUUGACUCGUCAUUUCUCGACAACUGGUGCGGUCAACGCUGGUCUCGUCAAGCCUCCUUUAGCAGUAUUUGGCAUUGAGGGCCGGUAUGCAACUGCACUGUACUCGGCGGCUUCCAAAGAGAAGAAGCUUGAUGUUGUCGAGAAGGAGCUCCUCAGGUUCAAGGGCAUGAUGGAGCAAGACAGCAAGCUUGCACAGUUUAUUGAGAACCCACUUGUCAACAAGCUCGUCAAAAGAGAUGCCCUCCAGGAUGCCCUCAAGAAGUUGCAGUUCAGCAAUUUGACUGUAAAUCUCAUUGGCUCCCUGGCUGAGAAUGGCAGGUCACGUUUUGUGAAGCCAGUGAUUGGGGCCUUUUCACGCAUCAUGGGCGCUGUGAGAGGGGAAGUGCCCUGCGAGGUGGUCACUGCCAAGCCCUUGGAUGCUGCCAUGGAUAAGGAGCUUGAGUCUGCACUGAAGGCAUUCCUCAAGAAAGGAGAGGUGCUUGUAAUCACCAAGAAGGUGGACCCCAGUAUCAUGGGUGGCAUGCUUGUCAGCAUAGGUGACAAGUUUGUUGACAUGUCCAUCGCGACCAAGGUCAAGACAUACACUGGCAUCCUGAAGCAGGCAGUCUGAACUCUAGCGUGAACACUGUGCACCUGUACUUUUCAAGACAUCAUGGAAGCCUGAUGCUUUUGCCAACACUGUAUAGUGAAUACAAUACUGAAA